CUAUAAAACAUCCGAGGACUGACACAGAGUGUGUCCGUGUUAGGGCCACCAUGUGGCAUGGGAGGCUACCUGUCCACAGAGAGUGAGGGAGACGGACACUGUCAGGGCCUAAAGACAGAUAGAUUCACGUGAGAGUGUUGGUGGGACGAGCUCUGGUGUGCGGCUACGAUGGACGGGUCAGUCAGGACACGAGGAGUACAUUUGUCCAAAAAGUAGUUCAGUUACGGUAGAGAGGGAGCCGGAUAGGAAAGGGUAUUGUGAUUAUUGUUAUUAUUAUUAUUAGUAUUGUUGCUUAUCUUUAGUUUGUGGUGAGUUAGGUUGAAUUCAGCAGGUGGCGGUAAUGCGACUUUAUGGACACUAACAGCCGAUAAACUCAACAGAAGGAGAAGAAGAAAGUUGAGCAACAGCUGCAGCUACGGUGCUAGUUACUGUACAAACUACUGAGUUAGCACCCACCGGCAAACCGCUAAUGCACAACGAUGGGUUAAUAAAAAGGAUUAGAGUCGACAGUGUUGUGUGUGCACAUACAUAAACUGCAGCUGUAGCUGAAACUUAUUCUAUUUUGUCGCCAUGUCCUCCGGAAAGCGUAAAAGCUCCUACAAAGAUAUAAAAUGUGUUUUCUUUCCCGAUGAUGUUGAAAAUGGUUUACAAAAGGUGAGGAGAGAGCCAUCAUCACUUUCUUCUGUGUCCGUCGCAAAGAGCUGGGAGACAUGUGGGGACAGUUUUCUGGACACUCCUGUGAUGAAGAAGCUCAAGUCAUCAGGGAGGAAACUGUCUGACAUCAGAAAGUUGGCUCAGUCUCCUGCUUUUGUGCAGAGCAGCGCUGUUCACUGUAAUGAGGACCCAGUGCACAUUGCGUGGAGCUCCAGCGACAGUGAACAGUCUGAUGAUGAGAUACAGGAGCAGCAUCUCGCCAGAGUCGCGGCUCAGCAGCAACAACGUCCCCAGAGACCAGGGAGACCCACAGCUCCCGUUCAGUCGUACGCCAGAGCGCUGCGCAUGCUCAGCACUGAUAGAGAUGACCUUCCUGUUAUUGACACAGACAGUGAUGUGGGUGAAUGUGAGGAAGAAGUUGAAAAGGACAGUGGGCAACAGAUCUCUGACUGUGAGUCAGAGUCUGCUGAAGAAAAACCAGAAGAUCUGACUCUUAAACCUACAAAUAUGCCGGAGCUGGAGAUCUCAGGCUAUGCUUCUGAUGGUGAGAAUAUUGACAGCACAAUGACUCCGAGCAGACCAGACUCUGAGAGCUCUCCUCUCCAAACUGGUGAGGGCAGCAAAAGGUCAGUCAGUGACUGGGUCAGAUCUGCUCAGGCGAUGCUGCAGACGCCUCAGAAACCGCAGCACAAGAGGGAGUCCAAGACCCCUGAAGACUCCGCCAAAAAGAAAAGGAAAUUUCAAAGCGGAGGUCUUGCUGAGAGGCUGAAUCGACUGCAGUGCAGACAGAGGUCAGCUGUGAGCUUCUGGAGGCACCAGUCCAUCUCUGACUCCUCAACAACAGCAGUGGACAGGCCUGGCGUGCUGGUGCUGGAGGUGCUGGAGGUUCAGGAGGAGUGCAGCAUGCAACUGGCGCACUGUGAGCACCACCAGCCUCCCGGAGAGGGCCACCAACACACUCACCCUCGCUGUGAGGAAAAUGCUCGUGUGCUGGUGCUGUUCAACAGAGAGACGGCAGCCCAGCUGGUUCCUACACCCAAAGAUAUCAUCCACAUAUACCCGCCAUGGCAAAGUCUGUCCAUAGAGGGUUUCAGCUGUGAUAUUAUUCUGAACACACACUUCAGCCAGAAAGUCUGCUCUGCUACCAAACCAGCCGACACGUCUGCACCUAUAGGCCUGCUCUCAGCAAAAAGGUGCAACCCGUAUUCUCUCUGCAAAAUAUUUGGACUGCUGGAGGAAUGCAGAACUACAGAGGAGAUCACUGCCAAACAGGUUGCUGCCUCAGAAGCUCUGUGCAGUUUUGGAGGUUCAGGAGUUUUGACGAGACACUGCCUCUCGCUCCUGGAAGUGAUUGAGGGGCUGGGCCAGGCUGGCUGUGUGGGACAGGACGUGGAGGUGGUGAUCCAGAGAGUUUACUCCAUCCCUGUGCCUGACUGCUCUCCUGUGUCCAUCCUCAAGCCCAGACCUCCCUCCGCUCCUCCUCCUGCAGAAAAAGGCAGAACCAGGCUCUGUGUGCUCGUCCAGGAUAGCUACGGGAUGUUCAGCGUGGUCCAGCUCCACCUCCUGCCCUGCAAGGACGACCUCCACCAGUACUGCGACAUGUGGCAGGGGAGGACCUGCAUGCUGAGAGGCAUUAAAGUGGUACAGCGGGUCACGCGAGAAAGGCGCACCAGGCUUUUCAGCUUGAUAGACAGUCUGUGGCCCCCAGUGAUGCCUCUUAAACAUCAUGGAAACACACCCAGUAUGUCCAGUGAAAGUAGAGCUGCAGGUCCGGCUCCGAGCUUCUGCUACCUGCUGUCUGGCCAGGAGAGCUCAGUUGAACCCUCUGAGGAGCAAACUGUGUCCUCUCUUUAUCUUCCGCCCACAAAACAAACCUUGCGAGACAUACUGCAGAGUGAGCUUAAAACCAGUCGCUGCACUUUUGUUGCAACUGUUCUACACAAGAGAAUAUUGCAGAGCAGUGAUGUAGGCCAGGGUGAAGUUUGGUUGGUGCUGACAGACCCCAGCCUUCAGAAGGAGCAGCCAGAGAGGCCGUGCAGGCGAACGGUGGCCCUGUGUGUGAGCGCUUCCUGUGUGCUCAUUUCCUCUGUCCUCGAAGCACUAAAUUCCCCCGCUGCCUGUCGCAUGUCAUUCAGAGAUGCCAUCAGAGAACAUGGUGUUCUCCUGUGUGUGGAGCAGUCAGUUGUUGAGAUGUGCUCUGUGGAUCCUGAAGGCCAUCCUCUGUCCUCAGCUGUACCUGAGUCACUCUCACAGUCGCUAUCUGAGCCUCAGGCGGAGACCCUGCCCCAACCUGUGAGACUGGAUCCCUUGAGUCCUGAGAUCACACCCAACUCGCUCUGCUCUCUCUCAGGAGUGAUAGUUGGUGUGGACGAGAGCACUGCUUAUUCCUGGCCGGCCUGCAACCAUUGUGGAAGUGACAACUUAGAGUUGUCCGCAGAAAGACCUCAAAACUUCCACUGUGUUUCUUGUCAUUCGGAGGUGGACAAGCCAGACAGGAAGAUUCAACUGGAAGUGUUCCUGAGUUCUUCAUUAAGUAAUUGCACUUUAAAAGUUAAGCUGCAGAGAAAGACGAUCAUGUCCAUCCUGAACACUGCAGCACUGGAGGGUCAUGAGUUCCCAGGUUACGAUGUAGAGAAUGUCCUGGGAAAAGAGGUGGGCCCCCUCGCCGCUUACGUCCGAGUCGUCACCAGGAAACCUGCCCUCUGGAUCGGCCUGGAAGAAAUCUGCAUCUGAGGCUGUCAGGGCAAGUAAGCUAAUGAUAUCAAUCCUCAGACCUAAGCCAAGGAUCUGCACACUAAAGGCCUUGCUGUGAGCCAGUUCAGCCUCCUCCUCCUCCUCCUCCUCCUCCUCCUCCUCCUCCUCCUGCUCCCCCUCUGCAGGCCUCCCUGACAGCUUGAGGCUGUGCUGAAGUGAACGGGCUGCAAGCAGACAAGGUCUUGUUUGUGUUAAUGAUAUGUGAUCCUGUGGACCAGGAGUUGACAGCCCAAGGGUAGACCAGUGGCAUGCAGUCUGUCAAAGCAGCCCACGUGGUUCAUCAACUGGGGAUUUUUGGACUUUUGUCUGUUUUCUGAAGUCCAAAAAAACUUUUUUUUCCUCCAAUUUAUCUACCUCUGUAUAUAAGAUAACCAACGUGUCAAUAAAAGUUGUGUUUUUG